CGCACUGCCCCUUUCUCUGCCAGGUGUGCUCCGCUCUUCUGCCCGCGCCGAGAGCUGCCGAAAGCGAAAGUGGGACCGCGGCAGCGGAAGGCGCGAGUGCCCGCCGGAGAGGCAGCCCGCUCGCUGGCCGGCAGGCCGGCCGCAAACACGGGCGAGCGGCAUGGCCGGCGAGAGGAUCGUGCACUUCUUCCGAAACAGCCUGCGGCGCAGAUCGUCCCGCGGAGAUGAAUACCGCCAUGCACCUGCUACAGAAACCAAACUCCCAGUCAGAGGGAAGCCACCCGAGAGAAGCAGCUUCCCUUCCUCUGCAGGACACUUGUUCUUUGAGUAUUUAGUUGUGGUGGCGAUUAAGAAGAACUCUAAUGGAGAUUAUGAGCCAAAGAUUACCUAUCAGUUUCCAAAGUGUGAGAAUCUGAUGAGGGGGCAGCGUGAAGAGGAGGAGAGGUUGCUGCAAGCCAUUCCCCUGUUCUGUUUUCCAGAUGGCGAUAACUGGGCACCACUCACAGAAUAUAAGAGUGAAACAUUUUCCUUUGUCCUCACCAACGUUGAUGGGAGCAGAAAGAUUGGCUACUGCAGACGACUACUGCCAUCUGGACGAGGUGCUCGCUUCCCUGAGGUUUACUGCAUUGUAGGCUGCCUGGGUUGCUUUGGGCUAUUUUCAAAGAUUUUGGACGAAGUGGAGAAAAGGCGGCAAAUUUCUACAGCAGUCAUCUACCCCUUUAUGCAGGGUCUACGUGAAGCUCCCUUUCCAGCACCAGGAAAAACUGUCACCAUUAAGAGCUUCAUCCCUGAGUCAGGGACAGAGCAUAUUGAGCUAACACGUCCCCUGGAUUCUCACCUGGAGCACGUGGAAUUUCAGGCCCUCUUACAGUGCCUCAGCCCCAAGAAGAUCCUUCUGAUAUUUGCUUCUGCUGUUCUGGAACGACGGAUAAUCUUCCUGGCUGAGGAGCUCAGUUCCCUCUCCAAGUGCAUUCAUGCAGCUGCAGCUCUUCUUUACCCCUUCACCUGGGCCCAUACGUAUAUCCCAGUGGUUCCCGAGAAGCUUCUCAGCACUGUCUGCUGUCCCACACCCUUCAUGCUGGGGAUCCAAAGGCGCCACCUAGAUGAGGUUCUGGAUCAACCCAUGGAAGAGGUGCUCCUUGUUGACCUAUGUGAAGGAAAGUUCUUAAAAGAGGUUGGCGAUGAAGAAGAGAUCUUGCCUGCAAAGCUACAGAGUGAGAUGUUGUCUUUGCUGCCUACGAUGAACAACAACAGACAAACUUCUGAAGAAUUCAAUGUCUGCGUUUCGGACACCUUUGUACAGUUCUUUGUAAAGAUGAUUGGCCAUUAUCCAGAACAUAUCAAAUGGAACAGAAAUGGUCAAGGCUGCUUCCAGGAGCGAUCUUUCUACAAGGCCCUCUCCUCCAAGAACAGCCGCAAGUUUCUAAAAAAGUUUGUGAAGACUCAGAUGUUCUCAUUAUUUAUUCAAGAAGCAGAAAGCAGCAGGAAUUGUGUAGAAGGUUAUUUUCAGCAGAAAUUAAAUGAAUAUCAAGAACAAAAGAAGCAAAGGAGACUCUCCUGACUCUGCUCUAGAAAAAAAGGAUUGCUCAUCAACAGAUAGGCAGGCCUGAGGCUAGAAUAAUACCUGGACAUGGUAACGCCAUGGAAGAGCACCCUUGGCUUUGCUGGUUCUUGUAGUAGUGUCUGGUCUCCAUUGGUGAACCAUGGCAGGGCAAGGACUCCAUUUCUUGCCCUUUCCCCUCUUUCCCAUGACUGACACUACAAGCUGCUUUUUGAUACAGUUUGUUUGGCUGCAGUUUUGUAGCCCAACUGAUGGUCAGGCAAAGCUGCAGAAAGAGACAGCAUGAAACUGUAAUGAACUGACCCAUCAACUUGGUCACAAUAGGACUCUAACUUAUUUAGAAACAGUCAAAUGAAUAAGUUGUGGUGUGGUUAAUGAUAACAAAGAAUAUAGUGAUAAAUUGACUGAGACUAAUUAAGCAUAUUUUUGAAAUAUUUUUAUUCUCAUUAAAAUGGCUUCUGAUCUAAAAGCUUCA